UGGAGGCAGGCGGGCAGGGAGGGCGUGGCCGCCUCCUUGUUGUGCGUUCCUCCCCCCUUGUAUUCCUCCCCGUGUUGUUGUGUUGCAUUCCCGCAACGAGGACCAGCUGCAGACACGCACGCACGCACGCACACUGCCGCGCGAGAUGGACGAGCAUGUCGCCGGCAGCAGGCCGUGACGUCGCCGCGACGCCAUCGAGGUCGUCGUCAGAGCACCGGUUAAGGACGUUUUCGGAAUCCCUUUUUGGGGUGAAUUGAAAUCACAGCGAAUUAUUGAGGGACCGCAGAGACAUUUUUUUUUCCCCUGUCCCGCCAUGGAGACUCUUUCCCAAGAUUCCCUGCUGGAAUGCCAGAUCUGCUUCAACUAUUUCAGCCCCCGGCGGCGACCAAAGCUGCUGGACUGCCGCCACACGUGCUGCUCGGUGUGCCUGACGCAGAUGCGCAGCAGCCACAAGGAGAUUCGCUGCCCGUGGUGUCGCAACGUCACCAAGCUGCCGCCCGGCCUCUCCGUGGCCCACCUGCCCGACGACCCCGACGCGGCGGGCGCCGUGGCCAUCCCGCGCGCCUGCGAGCGCGCGCCCGUCUUCAUCCGCCUGCCCGGCAGCGGCUGCUACGUGCUGCCGCUGCCCGCCGACGAAGAACACCCGGCGAGCCUGCUGGCGUGCCGCUUCCUGCCGGGCGGCGGGCAGAAGGGCGUGGCGGUGGUCACCGUGCCUGAAGAGAGACGACCUCUUGGCGCCCUUCUGGAGCUGGAGGCCGACGACGAGUUGGAGCGACGGGCCGGGGGUCCGGCGGCGGGCGGGGGGGCCAAGGGGUCCGCGUGGUCAGGCGUGUGUACGGUGGUGCUCGUAGCGUGCGUGCUGCUCUUUCUGCUCGGCAUCGUGCUGCACAACAUGUCGUGCAUCUCCAAGCGCUUCACCGUCAUCUCCUGCGGAUGAAGCGCCGCCGGGGUUGACCUUGACCUUCCAAACGACCUUUUCGGAGGUCAACCUUUUGGAGACGAAACAUUCCCAAACAAACACUUCCAAGACCUCAUCCAGUCCUUCCUUUCACCCUUUUGUUAUUCUAGGCUCAGGCUUGUGUGAUUGGUUGUUUAGUUCGUGAUGAGUUCAGUUGUCGUGAGUCAAAAGAUUUGGGACUUGGACUCCCAACGAAGUGGGAAAGGACGUCUGUGUGACUUGUCACCUGAAGUCCACGUCGACGAUAAAAUUCUUAGAAGACAAAACGUGAUGUUUUUUUUUCAUCCGUGUCCACUUUGGAAUUCAGAUUUCAUGUCCGGAUCCUGGGGCGGCCCGGUAGUCCAGUGGUUAGCACGUCGGCUUCACAGUGCAGAGGUACCGGGUUCGAUUCCAGCUCCGGCCUCCCUGUGUGGAGUUUGCAUGUUCUCCCCGGGCCUGCGUGGGUUUUCUCCGGGUGCUCCGGUUUCCUCCCACAUUCCGAAAACAUGCGUGGCGGGCUGAUUGAACACUCUGAAUUGUCCCUAAGUGUGAGUGUGAUUGCGAAUGGUUGUUCGUUUCUGUGUGCCCUGCGAUUGGCUGGCAACCGAUUCAGGGUGUCCCCCGCCUACUGCCCGGAGACAGCUGGGAUAGGCUCCAGCACCCCCCGCGACCCUAAUGAGGAUCAAGCGGCUCGGAAGAUGAAUGAAUGAAUGAAUGAAUGUCCGGAUCCUAUUUUGGAACUGUGUAGUUCCAAAUCGAGGUGACAAAUCAAUCUAAAUGUUUUUAAUCGCAGGCGAAAAACCGUUUUUCUUUGCGAAUGUGUCUUUUGCGUUGUUCUGUUAACGUUUUUAACUGUCGGUGUGCUUUCGGUUUGUGUGAAACACAUCUUGUCUAGGAAAUGUGAUAUUUUUAAAAUAAAUUCGCCAUGCCUUGCUUCAUUUGUCGGAACGUAAUCAGGGCACCAAGUCA